AUGAAGUUCUUGGUGCCUUUUCUGCUACUAGUUCAGAUAGCAUCGUGUGCUAUUACGGGAUCGAUUUCCAGUCCGGAAUCGUAUUACGAGCUGGGUGACACCAUCGUCUUGAACUCUACACUGAGUUUCAACUUUCAGCUGGACUCCGAAUACAAACACGUUGCUGUUGUCUUCUCGACAAAAGGAGAAUCUGAUGACGUGACUUUUACACAGUAUCCUACAGGCUCGAGUACAGGAGCAUACAAAUUGAGAAUUGCAUUGUCCAAGUUCCCCGCAUACUUCAGAUCCAAGGACGAGAUCAAGGCCGAAUUGAUAGUUGGCGAUAUUCAGGAGAUUCGCGAGAUUGCCACUCUGAGACCUGCAACGAAGAUAGCGCCACCAGAGGUCGUGAGGUUUGGCAAGAAAGCCGAAAUUCACCACAUCUUCAGAGGAGACGCGAAGCAGGUUUCGCCCGUUGUAUCCCAGAUCUUCAUUGCAUUGACGUUAGCGCUCACAGCUGGCGUGAUUGGCGUUUGGUUCAAAUUUGGGGCUGUGAAUUUCGAGCUGGGGGCCAACAGGUAUUUGGUCGGGUUGUUGGUGACGAUUGCAGCGUUCGAAGGUUCGUUCCUGAGUUACUUCAUCAAAUCCACGAUUUUCACAACUAUACAAACGUGGGUAGUGAUUGCACCUAUCGGCUUGUAUUUCGGUGUCAAAUCAUUGCGGAUUUUGGCCAAAUAUCGGAGUGAAGGUAAGAGGUGA